AUGUUUAAUGAUUCAAAGACAGAAUUUCUAAUCAUCGGUUCGUCCCAGCAGUUAUCUAAGGUUACCAUGGCUUCAAUUAAAGUUGGUGAGUGUGACAUUGAACCCCUUAAGCAUGUUAGAAAUCUUGGCACAUGGUUUGAUAACGAUAUGUCUCUGAAUACUCAUAUAGGAAAGGUAUGUAGUAAGACAUUUAGGGAGCUUUAUAAUAUUAGGCAAAUUAGGAAAUAUCUGUCUGCAGAAUCAACAAAGUGUUUAAUUCAUGCGUUUGUUACACCACAUUUAGAUUAUUGCAACGCUCUUUUGUAUAAGCUUCCGCAAUAUCAAUAUGACCGACUUCAAAAAGUUCUUAAUGCGGCGGCCCAUAUUACUCCGGUACUUAGGGAAUUUCAUUGGUUGCCAGUGAAAUUUACACGAUGGUCGGUUGCUAGGGCUUUUGCUCCCAUUUGGUUCUUAAAUUCAAUUUCUGGCAUACAGAGGGGUAGUUUAUAUUUCAAAUGAAGCAAAACACUAGAACACCUUCAUUGGAGAAAAGUUUUCUUUAAAUUUUUACAAUUGUAAAGGUAUUUUUGACUUUUCUUGAAAGUAUGACGUCAUAAGUGACACCUAUUUUUAGUAACAACGUUAAAAAUUUGAUAAGCAGUGUUCAAAAUGUUACAAACAUUUGUGUUACAGAAGAACGAUAUUUACGGUGAAAACCCUAUCUCAAUGGGAUAAAGUGGCGUAAAGUUACAGGUAAUUAAACAAAUUCAAAUUUCCUGCCUCAUGACCAUAUAUGGUCAAACUUUAGGGGUAUUUUAACGCGAAAACAAUGAAUGUAUUUACAACGGAAAAAGACAAAGUUGCAUAAAAUCAAAAUUGUAGUCUUUUGAAUUCGGCAUAUGUGGUGCUAUGACGCGUAUUUCGUCACAAAUUACGUCAUUAUGACGUCAAAAUGGCGUAAUUCCCGACGAAAUACGCGUCAUAGACCACACAUCCUAAACUUAAAAAACUACAAUUUUGUUUUUAUGCAAAUUUGUCUUUUCUCCGUUGCGACUACCUUUAUUGUUUUCGCGUUCAAAUCCCCCUAACGUUUGACCAUAUAUGGUCAUUUGGCGGGAAAUUUGAAUUUCUUUAAUUAAAUGUAACUUUGCGCCUUUUCAUCCGAUUGAGAUGGGGUUUUCGCCAGAAAUCAUAGAAUUCUAUACAGAAAACUAAUGUAAAAUUUUUACCAUUUCUGUCCUGAAUUUUCUUUCUGAUGCCAAAUUUGGACAUCAUUUAUGACGUCACAAUAGAAGUCACAUGGGAUGAAAUAAACACCAAUAAAUAGGUAAUUUAUCAACGUACUUCCUUGCCAAGUUUUGUUACAUUCGAUGCAUUCUACCUCUCUCUAUGGCCUAAAACUCUCAAUUUUGAGAGGUGUGGGAGCAAAAGUCCUAGCAACCGACCACCGUGUUAGAGUGGAAUUUAAGAUUGCGCUUUUAAUUUUUAAAACGUUGAACGGCCUGGCGCCACAAUAUUUAUCUGAACUACUUGUUGUAAAGCCUAGAACUAGAUACAGCCUGCGGUCUGAUUCUGAAACAUUGCUUGUAAUCACUAAGGUGACACGGAAGACUUUUGGCGAUCGAGCCUUUUUACAUGCUGGACCAACAGUAUGGAAUGCUUUAAUUGCCAUCUAG